CCAAAGAAGCAAAAAGUCCUCCUUCACUGGCACAGUAGAAAACCGACGAAAAGACUCAAACUCAUCAUCAUCGUUUCCGAAGAAGAGAAAAAAAACGAAUUGUGAAAAUUGCGGUGCCCUAAAACGUUAUCGUACACUCCCUGCUGCUGCGGUUCCUGGUGAUAUCUGGAAUCAAAGCCGAUUUGGAUGUGAAAUCUCCGUCUAACGCGCAGCGAGUGUGUGUGCCAAGGAUGUGUCUCCGGAUGUAGGAAGAUUUCCAGACACCCAGGUGUAACCAACCAAUAUAGUUGUCCAUGUGAAGAAAAUUCCGUAAAGCCGAGGAUCAUCAUCAUUAGCAGCAGCAGCAGCAGCAGCAGUAGCAGAGCCGCACACACGCAGAGAGGAAAAGUGCCCUGCAAGGAACUACCCGUUUCGAGUACGAGACAGAGAGGGAGAGAACGUGACACGAAACGCACGACCGAGCACUCGUAGUAGGGCAGAACGAAACGCGCUACCGUACGGACACAACACGGCGGCUCUCUUUCUCAGGGUGUGGUGGUAUGGUGUCCUAGGAUUGAUGGUGGACCGGUUUGCUGCUGCCACCGAGACAUAAGGAGCCACAGAGCAGUCCCCAUGCGAAUGGUGUUGGCCGAAAUAAAGAGUGUGCGAGCGAGAUAGAGACAAGUGAUAGACCGUAACAGUGAGGAUACGUCGGUGGGAAAAGGGCAAGUAAGCAGAGGAAAAUCGAAUCCCCGUAGCGCCCCAUUGCGGAUCCAUAUAGUGAGUAGUGCUUACGUAGUGAGCCGACACAAAAAAAGAAGGUGUUCAUUACUAUUAAAUUUCAACUCCACAAUCUGUGUAAUUAGUGCUAGUCACACGAACACGUAGACUCUAUUUUGUAAGUGAAGCUUAAGGUAGGAUACGCGUAGGAUACAGGAUCAGAAAUGAACGAGUUGGAUGCCCUUAGACAGGAGGCGGAAACGCUGAAGAAUGCGAUUCGGGAUGCUCGGAAGGUGGCCUGUGACACAUCGUUGGUCCAGGCGACUAACAGCCUGGAACCGAUCGGUAGGAUACAGAUGCGGACCAGACGUACCCUGCGGGGCCAUUUAGCUAAGAUCUAUGCCAUGCACUGGGGUUGUGACUCCAGAAAUUUAGUAUCCGCGUCGCAGGACGGUAAACUGAUCGUUUGGGACUCGCAUACGACAAACAAGGUCCAUGCGAUCCCGUUGCGAUCGUCCUGGGUCAUGACCUGUGCGUACGCGCCAUCCGGUAGCUUCGUAGCCUGCGGUGGAUUGGACAAUAUUUGCUCGAUCUAUAAUCUCAAAACCCGAGAAGGCAACGUAAGGGUGUCACGAGAAUUGCCCGGCCACACUGGAUACCUAUCGUGCUGUCGAUUCCUAGAUGAUACUCAAAUUGUAACCAGCUCCGGGGACAUGUCCUGUGGGCUGUGGGACAUCGAAACCGGUCAGCAGUGUACAUCGUUCCUCGGGCAUACCGGAGACGUGAUGGCACUGUCCCUUGCGCCCCAGUGCCGCGUAUUCGUCUCCGGAGCUUGCGACGCUUCCGCCAAGCUGUGGGACAUCCGGGAGGGACAGUGCAAGCAGACGUUCCCGGGACACGAGAGCGAUAUCAACGCCGUCACAUUCUUCCCCAAUGGGCACGCGUUUGCGACCGGUUCCGAUGACGCCACCUGUCGGCUGUUCGAUAUACGUGCCGAUCAGGAACUGGCCAUGUACUCCCACGAUAACAUCAUCUGCGGUAUUACCUCGGUAGCGUUCUCCAAAUCGGGCCGUCUGCUCCUCGCCGGCUACGAUGACUUCAACUGCAACGUGUGGGACACAUUGAAAGCGGAACGGGCCGGCAUCCUAGCAGGCCACGAUAAUCGCGUUUCCUGUUUAGGUGUUACGGAAAACGGAAUGGCCGUCGCCACCGGGUCAUGGGACUCAUUCCUGCGGGUAUGGAACUAAGCUGUGUAGGGAUACUUUUUUUUUUUUUAAACAAAACAUUUAAAUUAAACUUUACUAAUAUAACGAAAAUCAUACAUUUUUUAUAUAACAAGAAAAAAAACAACUAAUCGUAAGCAAGAGGAACCACAAAAUACACAAACAAACAAGAAUAAUCUCUAGAGGAAAGUAAUAAAUUACCAGAAAUCCAAAGCGAAGUAUAAAUUCUACCAAACAAAAAAAAAAACAACAACCAAAAAUUGUAACAUUGUAAAGUAAGAACUAUAUAUUUCAGCCCAAUUCGUUGUCUCUUUACGUCACUAAGUUAGGACUCGGUUUUUCGAACUGAAGAUUUAUUGUUCCGCAAAUUCAAGCUUCUUCCUCUCUCAACCAAUCAGCAGAGUACACGAAACACACGAAAAGAAAUAAUUAUGGAAAGCGAUCAGUACCUCCGAUAAGUCACUUUAAUUUCGCUUGUGAUUGCACCCUUUGAUCAAAACACCCCAACAGUACUGCGGUGCUGGAGUACUUCAAAUUACACACACACACACAAACAAGCAGCAGCACACAUGUAGAUUGGUAGGGAACCCCAUGUAUCAUAUAUCAUCUUGGAAAAAAAAAAGUGGAAAAUAACGCGAAUGCUACGAGGAGAGGGUGUCACUAAAUCCGCGAAGUGAACCCUUUCUCCUUAGCACCGCCGAUGAAUUAGUAGGUGUUGUUGAUUUUUGUGUUAUCAUUAUCGUCAUGUAUAUUUAGGAGUUUAAUUAGGAGAACGCCGAACAGUCGAUUUUUGCUUAAACUAUAAGAACUUGAUUGUAGGACUAGGAGACAAAUUCGGAACACGAGCGCGAACGAGUGGUUCUGCGGGAAGAUUGCGGUGGGAGCGAGUUUUUAGCACAAAUUCGAGUUAAGUUUUACGUGCGACUGAGUCUAAAGGCUCGGGGAAAAGAUCCAAUUUUCAACGUUUCGUUUAUUUAGGCUUAGGAUAAUACCGGAAGGUUGCUGGACAUUUGCGGUGAGGUUUUUUGACCUGCUAUGUUUGCGAAAGUGAAUCCGGCAAACAAUGACUUCAACCGUAAAUUUGCCGGUGAGGUUAGUUUGCGUGCUCGAACUACCAACAUGACUAGUUUCAUUGAGGUUUUAAAGCACUAUUCAAGUCUAAAUCAUAGUUUAGAAGAGUGUGAUAAAGCCUCAAUUGUUAUUUUGGGACAAAUUGGCGAUUUAGGCCAUUGUUUAAACAGCCUAUUCGACUAUUUUGUUUUUGAAUUGACUAAAUUUGAACAGAGUCUACUGAGUCUACUGCGACUUUAUUUUGGUGUAAAAACCGCUACGCUAAUUAAAUCAUAACUGUUCAGCCGUUUGUAUGGAAUUGACAAAUUUUUGAACUUUUAGUAGGCUAAAUGAUGGCUUCGGCACCCAUUUAAUGUUUUCGGCAACCAAAAUUUGAUCGUUAAUUUCGCUGUAUUUUCUCACCAAAACACUUCGCUGAAUGUAUUUAAACGAUUCCUCAGCCUUUCAGCUUCAAACUGAUUACAUGUUUACGACUGAGAAAACAUGUCAUGUCAGGUUUUUCUUCUAAUGAACUACACGCACUACAAAAUACGAUUGAUUUCGACUUGCCGAUAAUAGAACAGUUGGUUAAGACGCAGUUCAAAUGGAAAGGUUGCCGAAGAAGAAAAAAAGGCUGCCGACAAUAGUCACACUCGCCUGAGAAGUUUGGAGCGUUGUAAAAACGUUUUGAACAAUUCUGUCGAUUGUAAUGGAUAGAAUAACUUCUUCUUCUUCUUCUUCUUUCAUUUAUUUAACGUCGGUCUCUGUUCCGCAAUCUGGUGCCAAUUAUAGUCGCUAUAUUCAUAGUCUGGCGGAUAGAAUCUCGGGAACCAAUUGAGCUUUCAAAUAGCGGAACCAAUCGAGCAAAUCACGACCAACAACAGAAAAGAGCACAUCAGCUAUUGCGAUCAAAGCUUCGGAAACCCUUUUCUCGUGUCUCAAGGCUCGCCUACGCAAACUAACACCAUCUUUGGGUUGGAGAAAGUUUUCCCUAUCCGAUGAUGCUGUUAAUUUGCUGGUCGAUUGGCGAGGAAAUAAUAAUCAACGUCUUGUCAAUAAAAGUUGAUAGUACCUUUUCAAUUGUUGGUCUACAAUAUAUUGAAUUAGUUCCGCUUAUUGAUAGAUCGAAAUGCUAUCCGCCAGACUAUUAAUAUAGCGACUAUAGUGCCAUCCAUCGACGGCAAUCGAAUGUGGAGGAAGGCAGCUUCCACACCUGCGUAGGAUAUCGCACCCAUUAAAACACACAUGGGCCGGGACCAACGGCUUUACUUCCCUUCCGAAGGAAGACGUGACCAGAGAUUUUUAUGCCUCAGAAAAAUCCCACCGACCUCGGCUGGGAUUGAACUCAGACCCAUUGGAGUGAGAAAGCAGUCACGCUUACCACUAUACUACCGGAGUUGGGUGUAUAGAAUAGCAAGCGGCAGAUAAAUGUAAACCAACAAACACGCCACGUGUGGGCGUGACGCUAAGUCAUUGCUAAUAGAAGUGCGGGCGCUGCUUACAGGGUGAUUCGGAAUAACUGUCAC